ACUCCAGAUUACAACUCAAUUCCAAACCCAAUACAAUGUGACUGCAAGACAAACGGGGUGUGCCAUGCUGAUUUUUUGAAGAGAGAGCAGGAAUUGUACUUAGUGUGUGAAAUCCAUCAUGAAUCAAGGGACAAUCCUUGUAUUAGCUGCUGCUAUUUUCAUGACAGGCUCCCAAGCUGAACUCAAUAGAGAGCAGAUUCAAGAUGCAUUCUGGGAUUACAUCAGGCAAUUGACCAACAAUGACCUAAAUGAAGGCUCAGAAAUCAGCCAACAAGUCAAAAACAUUAUUCAGGAUAAUCUGCAGAUGGUCAAUGACUAUGCUGAGGAUCUCCGACAGAAGUUGGCUCCUUACACAGAUGGUCUUCAUGAGAGGAUGACAGUAGACAUUGAGAGCCUUCGCCAGCAGAUAAGAGAACAACUGGAAGACCUGAGGGAGAAACUUGCUCCCUUUGCGGAUGGAGUUCAUCAGAAGAUCAGCAGGAACAUUGAAGAAUUUCAUCGGAAGUUGACCCCUUUUGCUGAAGACCUGGGCCAACAGCUGCGUAAGAAUGCAGAGGAACUUCGGCAGAAGUUGACUCCUUUCACUGAAGAGCUACAGGCCAGACUGGAAGUGAGCACAGAGAACCUCAGGGAAGUCCUGACUCCCUACGCUGAAGAGCUCCAGAUGAAGAUUGAUGAAAACAUGGACACCCUCAGGCAGAACGUGGCUGCCAAAGCUGAAGAAUUCCGCUCCAGGUUUAAUGAGAAUGUCCAGGAGCUUCGCAAUAGCUUGGCACCCUAUGCCAAGGAUGUCCAGAUCAAGAUGAACCAACAAAUUGGAGAAAUGUCCCAGAUGGUUGAGCCAUAUGCCGAGAAGCUCCAGGCAAAAGUCAAUGAGCACGUGGAUGUUCUGAACCAAAGGCUGAACCCUUACAUCAUCGAACUGAAAGCUAAACUUAACGAGAAUGUGGACCAGAACCUGGGCCCAUUCAUUGAAAAUUUCAACACCAACGUUAACCAGAGAAUCGAGGAGUUCCAUCAGAACCUGGCUCCCUACACUGAGCAGCUGAAACAAAUCAUCAGUCAGAAUGUGAAGGAGUUGCAGGAGAGGCUCGUCCUGAAUGGAGCCAAUGUUCAGCAGGAUCUUCAGACCCAGCUCACCGCUCUAUGGGGCAACUUCUGGCAGCAUCUGCAGAACUAAUUCAGAAAUAGAAUGUGGCUCUGUCAAACUGUGUGCCAAGACUAAGGGGUCCUUUUACUUUCUCAAAUGGUA